CUACAGUGGCACAAGGAGCCGAUCGUCAGCAUGUGCCUUUCAGCCGAUGGCUCUAGGUUAGCCACCUCCUGCAUGCAGAAGCAGAUCUGCCUGUGGAGUGUGGGGGACGGAGUUCUUGUUCACGCCUUCCAGCACAACAGAUCAAGGAUCAGCGUCAUGUGCUUCUCAGAUCCUCCGCACCAGCUCGCAGUUGGCGACGCUGACGGCGGCGUCAGGAUCUUGAGUAUUCGAGGACAGACCAAGGUCAAUACCUUUGAAGGGCACAACAGUGCUGUAAUCACCAUCCGCGUGAACCUCCAGCUGGACAUGUUGGCAUCGGGCUCUCGAGACGAGACUUGCAGGCUCUGGAGCAUCUCUAAGAACACUCUCAUUGGCGUCAUCCGCCAUUUUGUUCCGAUCUCGCACGUCGAUCUUGAUGAUUCUGCGGAGGUUGUCUUGACAGUCUGCAAGAACGGUUUCCUCAGAGUGUGGGACUUGAACACGUUGAACCAGCUCAACCAUGUCAAAUUAUUCUUCAUCCAUCCAGCCCAUUUCCGCCAGAUCACCACGAUUUCAUUCUCACCGAGAGAGAGGACUUUUCUGACAGCCUCUGUUGACAAAUGCGUCCGGCUUUGGUCUCUCAGGGUCGUCAUGAAGUUUGUUCUUGCGGGCCAUACAGAAGCCGUGUCGCACGCCAGUUUCUCUCCAGACGGCAAGCUGAUCGCCUCCUGCUCGUGGGAUGGCUCCGCAAUCUUGUGGGAUGCUAUCAACGGCAGUCAACGAUUCCUGCUCCGACCGGUCGGCCUCCCCCGCGCCUUCUUGUGCACGUGCUGGGCUGAAGAUGGAUCUCUAAUGGCUGCUGGCACCGAAGACGCGUCGAUCUACGUGUGGAGGUCCAAAGACUCGCGGGAGCUCAUGUCAAAGAUGGAAGGGCACAGCGACGAGGUCACUUCCCUCAGCCUCGACCUCGAGAGCCACAAGCUCCUCUCCUCCUCCAAGGACGGCUCCAUCACUCUAUGGGACACUCACUCGGGCGACGCAGUCUUCUCGCUUCCCUGCUGCCUGUCACAGGUCACCGCGCUCUCGCUGCUCGAUAACGAUGACUUGGUCGUGUCUGGCGGAGAUGACUGCCUGCUGAAGAUCUGGAGCAUCCGAGGAAAG